CAUCCUUCCCCCCCCCUCACGUCUCGUUCCGUUUUGUUUGUUUUUUUUUUUUCGUUCCUUCUGGAUAUGAUUCUGGGAAUAGAGACCAAUCCCAAACUUGUUUAUAAAGCACUGGCUUUUCCUGCUGCCGCUGCUUUCGCUGCCGCCGCCGCUGCUGCUGCUGCAGUUGACUCUGCUGCUGCUGCUGCCGCCGGCGGCAGCAGCAGCAUCGCCGCCGCCGCCUCCUCCGCCAUCACCAGCAACAGUGCACGAAAUGCAUUAUUUAUGACACCUGUACAGACAGAACCUGUUGAUCUCUCAUUAAAUAAAAAAAAAUCUGCCAACUUCCAUGAUUCCCAUCAAGGCCUGGACUUACGCGUUAUCCGGAAAGCAGGAGUCAUUUGACUGCGGCCAUGCUGAGCACCGCC